AUGGCGUUCAUGUACCCAUUCCACGCACCAGCUCUUCCAACAAAGUGGGAUGAUCCAAUAUGGUUGCAUGAAGUAUGUCCAUCUACGGAACACACACCGUUAUGUGGCGAGCAGUUGAGCAGAAAAGAAUUAACCCAGCGAGCUAGGGAUGAGAUGAGGUACAUCAACGACGCGUCAUGUGGACUUCGAGCAGAUGACAUGGACGAGGAAGGAUUACUUGAGUUCCGAUAUAAAAUUCUUCUUGCCGUUUUCACGGCAUAUUUCGCUGUUGAACAGCUUUUCAUGCCGACAUGGAUCGACCAAAUCAUCGACGUUAUAGGCACAAGAAAGAGGAUCGACCUGUCGGUGGCGUUGCAAACCAGCAGUCAUUACCUCGUGUGCAAGGAGUUGUGUUAUGGCAAUAUAGUCAGAUCCAAGAGUAACCAGGUGGUUUGCUAUCAGUUCACAGACUUCCCCAUCGAGAUGGACGACACUUCGUUCAAUAUCAUGGCGAGGUACACGGUGGGAUUACUGCAUGUGUCACGAUUCGACAUGAUAUUUGUUCGCGUGAAAUGGAUGGGCGUUCUGUGCCCUAACAUGUGUGCCAUGAUCUCGUUUGGGAGCACGGAAAAUGAGAUACGAAAAGCUGUCGAGGAAUGCGCUGAUAAUCUCGAGCGAUAUGAUCACCUAGGUACGUUUUAA